AUGUCCUCGAAGAACGGGAAUUCGGAGAGAAAGGGAGAAGAGACAACAGCGACAAUGGAGGCUUGGAAAUGUUUCGCAGGAGAGGAAUUGGCUCCGGACAGGGCUUUCUCUCGCGCCGAUGUCAACAACAGAGGACCACAACGAAGCUACUCUCCACCACGCCGUGAACAUAAGCGUGCUCCCAUAGCAGGAUGCCCGCAGGCUACAAUGUACAGCCUCAUCGGCAAACAUGCAGGACGGCCAGUCCUCCGCCUGGGAUACCAAAGGGCUUCGCGUGGCAGCCGUCUGCUCACACGACAUUCUGGCUCUAAACCCAAGCCCAAGCACAAGGCACCACUCGACCUUCCCGGCCUGGAUCAGAAGUGGAAGCUCCGCUGGCGGGUCGAGAGUUCGACCGAGCAGCUCGAACAUGCAGUCCGCACGAAUGAGGGAAAAGCGGUUCCAGGCAAAUACAUACUUCCCAUGUUUCCUUACCCGUCUGGAGACCUCCAUCUUGGCCAUCUCCGAGUGUAUACCAUUUCCGAUGUUCUGGCAAGGUUCCGACGCAUGCAAGGCUAUGAGGUGCUUCAUCCCAUCGGCUGGGACGCAUUCGGAUUGCCAGCAGAAAAUGCAGCAAUCGCGAGGGGUGUUGACCCUGCAACAUGGACGCAGCAGAACAUCCAGAAGAUGAAGACUCAGCUGGAAGCUAUGAACGGAGCUUGGGAUUGGAAUCGUGAAUUUGCUACGUGCGAUCCCAAGUUCUACAAGCAUACUCAGCAACUCUUCCUCAUGCUGCACAAAGCUGGCCUUGCAUACCAGUCCGAAGCAUUGGUGAACUACGACCCCGUAGAUAAGACCGUCUUGGCGAAUGAACAAGUCGACGCGAAGGGUCAUUCUUGGAGGUCCGGAGCCAAGGUUGAGAAAAAGAUGCUGAAGCAAUGGUUUUUCAAGAUAUCCGCAUUUCGCCAAGAGCUCCUCGACGGACUCACGAAGCUGCAGGGCAAGUGGCCAGAGAGGGUUCUGGCGAUGCAGAAGAAUUGGAUUGGUAAGUCUACGGGGGCUCGGAUUAAGUUCCCGGUCGUCGCCUAUGAUCAACAGACGCAUUCGGAUAUCGAGGUCUUUACUACGAGACCGGAUACUCUGUUUGGCGUGCAAUACGUGGCCCUGGCCUCAACGCAUCCACUUGUUCAGUCUCUGGCGAACACGGACGCUGAGUUACAAGCUUUCCUGAAUACGAUUCCGGCGCUACCACAAGACUCCAAGGUUGGCUACCUACUGCCCCAUGUACAUGCACUGAAUCCGCUGUCCUAUGAAGACUCUACCCCGGACGCAACGAAGGCUUCUCUGCCGAUAUACGUUGCGCCGUAUGUGCUGGGAGAUUACGGUGACGGUGCUGUGAUGGGAGUGCCUGGGCACGAUACCCGUGAUCACUCAUUUUGGAAGCAUAACCGCUACGACGAUCCAAUUCGAUUUGUCGUCGCCCAGUCCCCUGGGGACACAUGCAGUGUUUUGCAGACAGUGCCAUUUGUCAACCAUGGCCAUCUCACAAACCUUUCCGGGCCGUUUGCUGGCCUCAGCUCUGCUGCAGCGACGGACAAGAUUGUAGCUCUCGUUGCGUCUAAAGGACUAGGCUCGGCUGCAGAGACUUGGCGCCUGAGAGACUGGUUGGUCAGCCGUCAACGAUAUUGGGGCACGCCAAUCCCAAUAAUCCAUUGUGAUACUUGCGGUCCAGUUCCUGUUCCUGAUGACCAGCUCCCUGUCGAGCUCCCACCUGUGAGUAGCCAUUGGGAAGCCGGCGAGACCGGCAAUCCAUUAGAGCAUGCCCAUGAGUGGGUCAACACGACUUGUCCAGGAUGCGGUGCUGCUGCGAAGAGAGAUACAGAUACCAUGGAUACCUUUGUCGAUUCCAGCUGGUACUUUAUGAGAUUUCCAGAUGCUCAUAAUUCGGACUCCCUGUUCUCGCCGGAGGCAGCAGAUGCCAACCUCCCUGUGGAUUUGUACGUCGGAGGUGUUGAGCAUGCUAUCCUGCAUCUCCUCUAUGCAAGGUUCAUCUCCAAGUUUAUGGCCACGACGCCUUUCUGGCCUGAAGGCGUCGAGCAUCUCGGAGAGCCCUUCAAAACGGUCUUGGCUCAAGGGAUGGUACACGGCAAGACCUACUCGGAUCCAGCAACCGGACGAUUCCUGAAGCCAGACGAAGUCAACCUCAGCGACCCAUCGCAACCGAGCGUGAUAGCCAGCAACCAGAUAGCCAACGUAAGCUUUGAAAAGAUGUCCAAAUCGAAGUACAACGGUGUCGACCCUGGCACCUGCAUAGCCAAAUACGGUGCGGAUGCCACCAGAGCUCACAUCUUGUUUCAGGCUCCCGUCAGCGAGGUCCUCGAAUGGGAUGAAGCGAAAAUUGCUGGUGUUACCCGGUGGCUUCACAAACUGCACGGUUUCAUCGAGAACAAUGCAGCAUUGUGGUUCGCCAAUGACUUGGCACGGCCCGAUUUCAACCCUAAGGCGUAUUUCAUGAAAGCCGAAUCAGCUCCCAACAAUAACCAUAGCUUGAGUAGCCAGAUGACCAAGGAAUGGGUGGCCUCUCUGGAUUAUCUCGCCCCGGCCAGGCUCGAGGAAGUAGCUUCCUACUACGCAAAGGACUCUAGGCUUUCCAAAACGCCCAGCGAGGCCGCCCAGAGUGCUGAAAAUCUUAGGAAUCUGUGGACCGAUGCAGUCAGUAAGGACAAAGCAGUCUGGCGCUCGGUUCAGCUCACCGUCGCCUCUGUGACGGAGUCUUAUAGCAAGACGUACGCUUUGAACACUGUAGUCUCGGAUCUGAUGGCCCUAACUAACACCAUCAUGGACUACCAUAACACAAGUAUAGAUUCGCAAGACGCAAAGACCAGCCAACCUGAUUACCUACUCUCCCUGCACGCCACAAGAGCUCUGGUGCAGAUGAUGGCGCCUAUCGCUCCAGCAUUUGCUGAAGAGUGCUGGACCCUUGUCCGCCCAUCACCAUCUAUCACAAGGUUGCAGGUCCAACCUGCGCCAGGCUCCAUCUUCAAACACGCCUUUCCAACCGUCGACGGCACCUACGCGCUCCUUACGCCCUCGACGCACAAAUGCGCCGUCCAAAUCAACGGCAAGGUCCGCGCCGUUGUCAUGAUUCCGAGGGCGGACGAUGCCAUGACCGGCAGGGAGCUGGAGGCGUGGACCGUGGAGCAGAUUCUGCAGACGAAGGACGGGAGGGAGAAGUUCACGGGGGGUGGGCCGAAGCCGAUGGAUAUUAGGAAGGCGAAGAAGACGAUUGUGGUUAGUAGGGGGAAGACGGUGAACUUUGUAAUCUAG